CAUGCUCUGAGUGGGUCGCCUUCGGUGAUGGCGGCUAAGGGACGUGUAGGACCUGUUAGUGGUGGGCGUCCCAGCUGCUGGCUCUGCUCUUCUACCUCCGUCCUUUUGACCCCCCCAGGCCCAUUACUCUUUUUUCUGGGACCGCUGACUGGGCCGUACCUCGCACAGCGUCAGGUCCUUCUCCCCGGUUCCCCUCCCCCAGCCCCGUCGCUCCGCCCCCGCUGGGCUGGGCGACCGGGGUCAGGGGCCGAGUGGAGCGGGAUGUCAUUUAGUAUGGAAGAAGAUGAGUUCUUUGGAGAAAAAACAUUCCAGCGUUGUUGUGCAGAAUUCAUUAAACAUUCACAGCAGAUAGGCGAUGGCUGGGAAUGGAGAACUUCAAAGGACUGUUCUGAUGGCUACAUGUGCAAAACACAUUUUCAAGUUAAAAAUGGGACUGCAGUGUCACAUCCAGAAACAUCUGCCCAUGUGCAGACAUGUCUUCCCAUGGAGGAGGCUUUAGAGCCACCCCUGGAUGAUUCUGAAGUGACAGAGACUGACACGGCAACUGAAGUGAUUAAAUAUGAAUAUCAUGUCUUAUAUUCCUGCAGCUACCAAGUGCCUGUGCUUUACUUUAGGGCAAGCUUUUUAGAUGGAAAACCUUUAGCUCUGAAGGACCUAUGGGAAAGAGUUCAUGAGUGCUAUAAGACACGGCUGCUGCAGGGACCAUGGGACACAAUUACCCAACAGGAGCACCCCAUACUUGGACAGCCCUUUUUUGUACUGCAUCCCUGCAAGACAAGUGAAUUCAUGACUCCUGUGUUCAAGAGUUCUCAAAAAACCAAGAGGAACGUCAACUAUAUCACGUCGUGGCUGAGCAUCGUAGGGCCGGCUGUUGGGCUGAAUCUGCCUCUGAGUUAUGCCAGAGCUGCCUCUCAGGAUGCAUGAAAUGUCAAUGGACCAGAUUCUUCUAUUGAGCCAAAGAGCUUAGAAUAACACUGGAAAUGUAUGUGGCCAGCCGUGUUUUAAUGGGACCCAUGUUGUGCAAGAUUUCAGCUCCCUGAGAUUUUGAUGUGGAUUUUUUUUUCCUUGGAAGCAGAUAUCUGCGGAAACUGAUAUACUCUAUUUUUAGAAGAUACCCUGCAGGAGCUCCUGUCGUGGCGCAGUGGUUAACGAAUCCAACUAGGAACCAUGAGGUUGCGGGUUUGGUCCCAGGCCUUGCUCAGUGGGUUAAGGAUCCAGCAUUGCUGUGAGCUGUGGUGUAGGUUGCAAACACGGCUCAGAUCUGGCGUUGCUGUGGCUGUGGUGUAGGCCGGCGGCUACAGCUCCAAUUUGACCCCUAGCCUGGGAACCUCCAUAUGCCACAGUAGUGGCCCUAGAAAAAGGCAAAAAGAUAAAAAAGAAGAUACCCUGCAAAGAUGCAGUCACUAUAAAUAGCAAAAAAUGAAUGUAAUAGAAAUAGUGACAUCACCAGGGCACUUCCAGGUCAUUCUCUCACAUCUCUGAGACUUGUUCUCUUUAAUUUGAGACUAACAAGCUACCUCACAGGGUUGCUAUGGAAGCAUGUGAGAUCAUUAGUGCAUGAGAAAAUAUUGUAAAGCAUUAUACAAGUAUUCAUUAAAUGGCUACCUUUCUUAUAUUUGAUUGCCAUUCACCCAAUUGGUCAAUAAAUGUAAUAGUCGGUAAGGUAUUAAGAUGGACCUAAUAUGGUAGAAUUUUUGGUUUGAGGUUGCCCUUUUUUUUGUUUUAAAUUGCUAGGUCUGAAACUAAGAGAAACCUGUAACUGGCUUUUUAGAGCACCUAGAUUAGUGUCUGUCAGUGAGGGAGUCACUUGAGGCUCUCUUACAACGAUAGAUGCUGGGACCACCUGCUGGAACAGCCUUUCUGGAGUGAUUUCGAUGCACAUGCUCCUGAAGAAUCUCUGGUCUGGAUGUACCUCCUGAGCUGCACAGUUGUUUUGGUCUCCCAACAGGCCUUUCCCAAUUCUAAGUGUAGCCCCGGCAAGCUGGACUUGCUUCCAGACGUUGUGCGGGCAUCGCCCUGAGCCUCCAGAUAGCAAGGAAGUCUAGGAGGCUCUUGCUCUCAAGGCGGCCCACUUGGGGGAAGGGUUAGGAAGAUGGCAGAGGACCAUGACAGCCCUUCCAGUCUCUAAGUUAAGAGCUGAACUCUCACACAGGGAGCAGAAGUAGAGAAAGAGUUAAUUCAAACUGCUAGAAAAGCUAAAAGUAAAUUUUAAAACGCUGAGCUGCACAUAUUCAUGCUGGGAUGAGAGCCUGCUUACAUGCUUGCUGGGCAUUUUGGUAUUUACCACUUAACAUCUUUUCAACUUCUGCAAGGGAUUUCUCCCCACCACUCUCCCUAACACAGAUUUUACAGCAAGUCAUUUCUCAAGCCAGGUCAUUUCUAGGGUAAAAAAUAAAUAAAUAAAAAAUAAAAAGAAAAUGUAAUAAUGUA